CUUCUCUUAUGAGCGAUGGAAGGGUUAAACACAAACAGCUGGGUCCUGAAAUCUCCAUUCAGCAUCACUAACCUACUCCAAGAUGUGGCCUCAAGCGGCGCUCCCAAGGGACCACUGUCAUCACCGUUGUUGAGGGAAGACGAGGACGUCGUCGUAGCAGCAGCAGCAGCAGCAGCAGCAGCAGCCGCUGGUGAGGAACGGCAGAGGUUGAGAAAAGAAGAUCUUCCUGGCGAAAGGAGAGGGAAGCACGAGAAGCCGCCUUUCAGCUACAAUGCCCUGAUCAUGAUGGCCAUCCGCCAGAGCCCGGAAAAACGCCUGACUCUCAACGGCAUCUACGAGUUCAUCAUGGGCAGCUUCCCUUACUACAGGGAGAACAAGCAAGGCUGGCAGAACUCCAUCCGCCACAAUCUCAGCCUCAACAAAUGCUUCGUCAAGGUGCCCCGGCACUACGACGACCCUGGCAAGGGCAACUACUGGAUGCUCGACCCUUCCAGCGAGGACGUCUUCAUCGGAGGGCCCACCGGAAAGCUGCGCAGGAGGCCGUCCACUUCCCGGACCAAGCUGGCCUUCAGGAGAGGAGCUCGGCUGGCUUCGGCUGGGGUGACCCUGGCCGGAUCUCUCUAUUGGCCUCUGCCUCCUCUUUACAGUGCCUCCUCAGCCUACCUGAGCCACCCCCCUGGCACCUUCUCUUCCGUUUUCUCCCACCAGGCUAUUUCUCCUCCAGCGGGGCACAGACAGGUGGAAGUAGAUGGCUCGUACACCAACCACCAGCAGAUUGCCACAGCCAUGAGCCUCUUAAACAAGCCCAAGAGUGAGAUGACCCCAGAGGAGCUGCAGAAGAGGGAGGAGGAAGAGUUCAACACAGGGCCCCUUUCUGUUCUCACCCAGUCUGUCAAAAACAAUACUCAGGUGCUGAUCAACUGUCGAAACAACAAGAAGCUGCUUGGCCGGGUCAAAGCCUUUGACAGGCACUGCAACAUGGUGUUGGAAAACGUUAAGGAGAUGUGGACAGAGGUGCCCAAGAGUGGGAAAGGCAAGAAGAAAUCGAAACCUGUCAACAAGGACCGCUACAUCUCCAAGAUGUUCCUGCGUGGAGAUUCAGUCAUUGUGGUGCUGAGGAACCCCCUAAUCGCUGGCAAAUAAUCAGCUGUCAGCAGGCUGUGGUUGCUUGAGAGCCUAGUCCAGCAAAGAGUUGUCUUUAGGGUAAUCACCAAGAGACUGUUGGUUAUGGUCUUCUUAUUGAUUGAAUCAUUUUUGAGCUCCGAAUAUUUAGUACCCUGAUGAAGGAAAGUGCAAAGUUGCUAUUCAUCCAAUCCUCCAACACAUGGUUAUGUUCAUAUAUGUGGCCUGACGUAAUUUUCUUUUGUAAUAAACAUUUUGUUAAAA